AGUGCAUGUAUGUAAACAUAUGUUCCUUUCCAUCUGAUGAUCUGACAUGGGAACCAUGUGUGGCUAGGCAAGUGAGCGUCGGUGUGAGGAGUUAAUAACACAAGUUCCCGAGUCUACUAGGCCACUUCUGAGGCAAAUUGAAGCUAUGCAGGAGACAGCUUCUAGGAGGGCAGAAGCUUGGGCUGCUGUUGAAAGGUCCCUCAAUUCCCGGCUUCAGGAAGCAGAGGCCAAAGCUGCAGCUGCUGAGGAAAAGGAGCGAUCUAUUAAUGAGCGUUUAUCUCAAACUUUAUCACGAAUAAAUGUUCUUGAAGCUCAGAUAUCUUGUCUUAGGGCUGAGCAGACACAGCUAACAAGAUCUCUUGAAAAAGAGAGACAGAAGGCAGCAGAACAUAGGCAAGAAUAUCUUGCUCUGAAGGAGGAAGCUGACACUCAUGAAGGUCAUGUGAAACAGCUUGAAGAAGAAAUUAGGGAACUAAGAAGGAAACACAAAGAGGAGUUGCAAGACGCACUGUCACACCAGGAACUUCUGCAGCAGGUAGUAUGUCAUUAUUAGUUCCUUUAUGAUAUA